AUGGCAGACCCUUCCCGACCGGUCACCAGCUACCCAGCCCCUCCCUACGCCCAGCCCUACCCUCAGCCCGCCGCCGCCGCCAACGGCCACCCCAACGGCGCCUACCCAAACUAUCCUGUCUACCAGCAAGCCUCGUACAACGCGUACACCGCACGCGCCGCCUUCGUCCGCCGCUUCGUCAUCGCCAUGGUCUUCCUCUUCGUCAUCUUCGGCUCCCUCCUCCUCAUAAUCUGGCUCAUCCUCCGCCCCAAGAUCCCUGACUUCCGAGUCGACUCGUUUACAGUGACGAAUCUCAACGUCUCCUCCUCCCGCCAAGCCCUCACCGGAACCUGGUCCGUCGGCUUCGACGUCUUCAACCCCAACAAGAAGAUGACCAUCGAGUACGACGGGAUCGGCGCCUCCGUCUUCUACCGCUCUGGCUUCAUCUCCGAGACAAGGGUCCCGCCGUUCCAGCAGGGCAAGCGCGUCCGGAGCGCAGUGAACGCGACUCUCUCGGCGGCGAACUCGUUCGUCGAUGACAGGGUGGCGAGUGGGAUCAACGCGGACAGGGCGGCGCGUGGGCUGGUUAGCUUCAAUAUCAAGCUGCUGGCCAGGGUUCAGUUCCGGAAAGGCGGGUGGAGGCUGAGGCGGCGGCUGCUGAGAGUGUUGUGCCUUGACGUGCCGGUUGCCAUUUCGAAUAAUGGGACCGGGAAGAUGACCGGCGGAGGUAGAGAUUGCGGCGUUGCUGUGUGA